CUCUUUUAGCGCCAUCUGCUCGCGGCGCCGCCUCCCGCUCCUCCCGCCGCUCCCGCCGCCGCCCUCGCCCUGAGUCACUGCCUGCGCAGCUCCGGCCGCCCGGCUCCGCGCCCGAGCCUCCUGGAACGAUAUUUGGAGCUCUUACAAGAUGGCAGACAUUGACAACAAAGAACAGUCUGAACUUGAUCAAGACUUGGAUGACGUUGAAGAAGUAGAAGAAGAAGAAAUGGGUGAAGAAACAAAAAUCAAAGCGCGUCAGCUGACUGUUCAGAUGAUGCAAAACCCUCAGAUCCUUGCAGCCCUUCAGGAAAGACUGGAUGGUCUGGUAGACACACCAACAGGAUACAUUGAAAGCCUUCCUAAAGUAGUCAAAAGACGGGUGAAUGCCCUCAAAAACCUUCAAGUUAAAUGUGCACAGAUAGAAGCCAAGUUCUACGAGGAAGUUCAUGAUCUUGAAAGGAAGUAUGCUGUUCUCUAUCAGCCUUUAUUUGAUAAGCGAUUUGAGAUCAUUAAUGCAAUUUAUGAACCUACAGAAGAAGAAUGUGAGUGGAAACCAGAUGAGGAGGAAGAAAUUUCGGAGGAACUAAAAGAAAAGGCCAAGGUUGAAGACGAGAAAAAGGAUGAAGAAAAAGAAGACCCUAAAGGGAUUCCUGAAUUUUGGUUGACAGUUUUUAAGAAUGUUGACUUGCUCAGUGAUAUGGUUCAGGAACAUGAUGAACCUAUUCUGAAGCACUUGAAAGAUAUUAAAGUGAAGUUCUCAGAUGCUGGCCAGCCUAUGAGUUUUAUCUUAGAAUUUCACUUUGAACCCAAUGAAUAUUUCACUAAUGAAGUGUUAACAAAGACGUACAGGAUGAGGUCAGAACCAGAUGAUUCUGAUCCCUUUUCUUUUGAUGGACCAGAAAUUAUGGGUUGUACAGGGUGCCAGAUAGAUUGGAAAAAAGGAAAGAAUGUUACUUUGAAAACCAUUAAAAAGAAGCAGAAACACAAGGGGCGUGGGACAGUUCGUACUGUGACUAAAACAGUUUCCAAUGAUUCUUUCUUUAAUUUUUUUGCCCCUCCUGAAGUUCCUGAGAAUGGAGAUCUGGAUGAUGAUUCCGAAGCCAUACUGGCUGCAGACUUUGAAAUUGGUCACUUUUUACGGGAGCGGAUAAUCCCAAGAUCAGUGUUAUACUUUACUGGAGAGGCUAUUGAGGAUGAUGAUGAUGAUUAUGAUGAAGAAGGAGAAGAAGCUGAUGAGGAAGGGGAAGAAGAAGGAGAUGAGGAAAAUGACCCUGACUAUGACCCCAAGAAGGAUCAGAACCCAGCAGAGUGCAAACAGCAGUGAAGCAGCUGUCUGGCCUUGAGGACGGCCUACCCUGGCCUACCUUCUGCUUUCCUGGAAAGGAUGGAAUUACAUCAUUUGAACUUAUUUUGAGUUUUUCUCUUAUUUGCCUAAUUUUGUUUUAUAGCCUAAAAUAAAAAUGUCAACAGUUCUAGUCCUCACAGGGUGAUGUUUCAGUUUGUACUGGUUGAGACUAUUGUGGAGGGUUAGCUUGAGUUCAGGGAUAGCUUUCCAUAGUGAACAACUUUGGAAGAGAUAAUAGGCAUGGGCUUUUUAAAAGGACUAACAGGUGAUGUGUGGUACUUUUUUUUUUUUUUUAACAGGUUAAGUUCCAUUUGUUUAUUUCUGACACAUAGUGUUCAAGAAUGAGUAGUGUGACCUUCGGCCAUGCUCCUGUUUACUGUGGGCGAUUAGGAAGGGGUAGCACUGUUGAUUUAACUACCUCACAGAUAUAUUAAGACAUAUUGGGGUAAUUUCUCACAAACUUUCCCAGUCUUAACUAAAUCUCAAAAAAAAAAAAAAAAAUCUGGUCUCUGUACCACAAGUGUGAUGUUCAGCAUUAUAUUCACACUAAAUUUGGCUAAUUAAACUGGAGAAUUAAAGUAGAUCUCGAAAUUAUUGUACAAUUUAAAGACUGCCCUUUUUUUUACGUUUCCUCCCCCCACCCUCCCCUUUUUCAGGUGUUUCAAGUGACCACAGUUUAAUGAAUCCCAAAGUGAUAAAUACCUCAGGCUAAUUACUGUUCAUUUUGGGGAAGGAACUUGUUUUCACAGGGUAUAUUAAUUGGAUUGUACUUGGAGGACAGUAUCAUUCCUGCUGUUAAUAAAAUUUGUUUUACAUUGAAGUUUUUUUUCUUUAGUGGAGAGAUAAUAGUUCUUUUUGUGAAAUUUUAGUAUUGCGGUCUUAGGGUAUGAACACCUUUUUAACUACUGGAAGCCCUUAACCUGUUAUAUUUGCUUUAUUUUGAAAAUGGUUGGUUGCUUUCUAUUAGAUGGUUUGUGCUAUUUUCAGUAAUCAUAGUUCAUCUAAACACAGCUUAUUUUCUUGACCAUUGAAGUUUCUAACCUAAAGGUAGAAGAACCCCACCUUCUCAAGGAACUAGCACAGUCUUUCCCGCCCUCCCUUCCUUAGGAAGUAGCUGUUGCCAAAGUGAUCGGGUAGUUGGUGGCUCUUGUAUAAUGGAUGUGCUUUGUGGAUGGACACUGGGGAUCAGUGUUCAUGAUGACAUUUGGUUGCUCCCCAAAUGGUUCUACCCCAUUCCAGAAGUUUGAAAUGUGUAAUUUGAAAUCCUUAAUAAAAUUGGAUCUACUUUUAUAAAA